UAAAAAAUGACAUAAUUUAGCACCUUUCCCCUUCCUUCCUUCCUCUAUGACAUAUUAAUGUUUAAAUAUACAUUUCAAUCAUUACGCUUCAUACCUCCAAAGACUUUCCUGCAAUCAACAUCUCUUGAACCCUUGUCGAUAAGCCAUGAAGCUGUCCAUUGCCCUGGUCUGCCUUCUCUUUGCAUUCAUAUCUAAAGGUUAUGCUCUCUCCUGUAUCAGUUGCGCUUCUUCAGACGCGUCUCUAUGUACGGGAUCCUCAGUCACAUGCAAUGGUGCCAAUGAGCUUUGCACGACUAUCUACACUACAACCACAAUUGAGAUUUUUACAACAACAUCAACAACUCACGCACUGACGAGAGGAUGUGGACAAAUAUCGGAGUGCAACCAGCAGAAGACGUUGAGUAAUCAGGCCAUGACCGUCAAUAUCAACACUGGAUGCUGCAAUGCAGAUAACUGUAAUACUACAGAACCCACAGCAACAAUUAAUACGCAACCAAAUGGACUGGAAUGUCCUUCAUGCUUCCAAUUGCAAGCUGCAACUUGUGUGCCAACCAGUAAAGUGGCAUGCACAGGGGCUGAGACCCGAUGUACCACCUACUCAAUGACUUCCGAUUCAGUGCCUUCAAAAGCCUUCCUGGCCAUGGAAGGAUGUGCCACGGAAAACCUCUGCGCAAACUACAAUGGGACCACUUCGACCAGCACUCUGGGGGCGAUCAGGAUAAAUAUCACAUGUGACAAAGCCACUGUCAGUCCUACCACCACUACCAUUACAACUUCCAAACAUACUAGCAGUCCAGUAGAGACAAAGCAAACAGAAACCACUAAGUCCCUACUAGCAGCUAGCACUAGCCAUGCGGAAACUACUAAGCCACUGACAACUAGCCCUCAUGAGACAAAGCAAACAGAGACCACUAAGUCCCCACUAGCCACCAGCACUAGCCAUAAGGAAACUACUAAGUCACUGACAACUAGCCCUCAUGAGACCAGUAAACAUUUCAACACUGAGUUAAUCACUAGGAGUACAGCAGCUAACAAGCACACAAGUGAUGUACCCAACAGCUAUGUCACCACAGACAUUGCCAAUCCAACGCCAAAUAAUUCCAAUUCCAAUUCCACCCAUUAUACGACCCGUAUUACUUUCACGCCCACUGCCAUUUAUACGAUCACUCACGAAAUAGCUGCUACCACAAAAUGUGUUUGUAAUGGAUGCCCAACUCAUUACUCCACCUUUUCUAUCAGCUUAGUUGUCAUUAUGACCUUGAAAAAAAUUAUAAAUUAAAAAGUGUAAGUCUU